CGGGAAACCAAAAAACCAGAGGUCCAGACAAAGAGCAGAAAAGCAGCAGCAAAACAACAGCAGCAGGAAACCAAAAUCCCAGAGGUCCCGAGUAAGCGGGACAGGAUCUUGGACCUGAGGUUUAACAUCUAUGAGUCUUCACAGAACAGGAUCAGAGAUAUUCUGUCAUCCUGGGACAGGGUUCAGGGUAUCAUGAACCAAGUGCAAGACAAGUCCCAGUCUUCCCCUAAACACAAAGACAAGAAGAAGAGCAGUAAGUCUCUGGAGAAGCCCGAGAAAAAUCCUCUGAAAAAACAUGGCAGCCACAAGAGUCUUCAGCAGGAAGGGGAAGUUGCAGAAGGCUCAGUCGGAAGCCGGGGUGCCGGAGUGCCAUGCUUGGACUUCCACGUCACGCGUCGUGAAAAGGUGUUUGAGAAGAUCCUGAAGAGCAAGAAGCUGCCACCAGCAAAGCAGAUCCUGCACUAUCUGGGACUGGGACCUCCCAUUCCCCCUGGCUCUCUUUUCUCCAUGGUUCCCUACCCAGAGGAGGACAGAGUCCCCACAGCAACAGAAGACCUCAGACACUUCAUCCUUGUUGAACCUGAGGGUGCUGCUGCAGAAGAUGAUGUGGCCCCAGAGGCAGAGGCACAGGACCACUUGAAGGAGGGGAAAGCCACAAGCAGACACAAGUCUAGGAAGGAAAAGCCAGACUCCCCCCAGAGCCUGAAAAGUCUCCGGCAUCACUCCCCAAAAACACCCCGAAGUUCACCUGAACCAAUGAAAAGCCGACUAAAGAGGGACUCAACCCUCGAGAGACCUGCCAG